AUGCCUGCUCCCGACCAUGAAGGCUUUGACCAAAAUACGCCUAUUAUAAAUAUCACCACCCCUAUUAUAGUAAUAGAAGGCACUACCCAAGAGGGCGAAAAUACAGAUACCCCAGAAGCCGAAAAUAGUAAUCUGCUAAAGAUUUCUAACUUUAACAAAUCUGAUGUUACUUUAUGUUCUUCAACUUCUACAAAAGUAGAAUCUGGAGAAUCUGAAGAAAUGAGUAACUUAUCCGUUGAACAAGGGAAGGAACAAGGAAAAAUGGCGCGUAAUGAACAAUCUAUGUAUUCUAUUAAUCCUAGCCCUUUUGCGUACACUUCGGCUCAUCUUUGGAAAGUAAUGAAUCAAAGAGAUUUUAGAUUAUUACAAUCCAUAGGUGGUCUCACUGGAAUUAUAGAGGGUUUACGUACUGAUCGUACUAAUGGUUUGAACACAAAAGAUGAGUCAAAACCUUUAUCAACAAAAUCUAGAAAUGAGUUUACAAAUGUACCUUCUUUUGAAAGUGAUUUAGAUAACUCUCCUAAUGGUGAUGUUAAUCUUAUGGAUUUCCCAAUUCCACCGGACAAUACUCCAUUCUCUGAUAGAAUAAAAGCUUUUGGUAAAAAUGUUUUACCUGAGAGUAAAUCUAAAUCAAUUCUUGAAUAUAUGUGGCUAGCUAUGCAAGAAAAGGUUUUAAUCCUUUUGACAAUUGCUGCUAUUAUCUCGUUGGGUCUUGGUCUUUAUGAAGAUUUUAGUGAAAAUCAAUCUGUUAAAAUUAAAUGGAUUGAGGGUGUGGCGAUCAUUGUUGCUAUUUUAAUUGUAGUAUUGGUGGGAAGUGUAAAUGAUUGGCAAAAGGAAAGACAAUUUCGAAGUUUGAACGCAAAGAAAGAAGAUCGUGAGGUUAAAGUUAUUAGAGAUGGUUUACCUUCCCUAAUAUUUAUUCAUGAUGUUUUAGUUGGUGAUAUAGUUCAACUAGAACCUGGUGAUGUUAUUCCUGCUGAUGGAAUUUUGAUUUCUGGUUAUAAUAUUCAUUGUGAUCAAUCUGAUGAAACUGGUGAAAGUGACUCCAUAAAAAAGCUCACUUACGAUACUUGUGAAAGAAAAUUUGACUCUAAUUAUAGUAGUUCAAGCAGUUCUAAAAUUGAUCCUUUCAUAAUAACUUUAAAUACUAAUAAUGAAGAUACUCCACUUCAAGUCAAGUUGAAUGACCUCGCUGAACAAAUUGCAAAAUUAGGAGGAGCUGCUGCUUUGUUAAUGCUUAUUGUUCUUUUGAUUAAAUAUUUUAUUUCUUUCCGUGUUCAUGGUGUACCAGAAACAACAAAAGCAAUAAGUAAUGUGGUAAGAGUAAUUAUUUCAGCGGUCACUGUUGUGGUCGUUGCUGUACCUGAAGGCUUACCUUUGGCUGUAACACUUGCUCUCGCUUAUGCAACAACACGUAUGUUAAAAGAUAAUAAUCUUGUACGUGUUCUAGCAUCUUGUGAAACAAUGGGUAAUGCUACUACCAUUUGUUCGGAUAAGACUGGAACAUUAACACAAAACCAAAUGACCGUCGUAAUCACCACUAUUGGAUCAUCAGAUUCAUUUGCUAGAAAUGUUGAUUUAUUUACGAAAACUCUCCCAAACAACAAUGUAAAGGAAUUGAAAAAUAUAUCAUCCAUGCAAGAUAUAAAAAACUUACCGGAAC